GCACAACGAAGACGGGGACAUAGAUUCCACCUUUCACAGUCGACGAUUCUUCUUUUCUUGUACAUACAUUCCCCAACCUUCUAUUCGACUGUCCAUUAGCAGGUUAAUAUUUCACUGUACGACUUGUCCUGCUUCACCUGUAAAAUUUCUGCCUAUGCUCUUUCUUUCAGUUAAACUACCCAGACCACUUACCGCCUGUCUCUGCCACACACAAAGACCCUAGACUGCAGGAACGACUGUGAAGUCAUUUACGACAACCCCAAACAAAACUGCAACCUACUCUUCUUUUCUGCAGAACUUGACUUGAUUCUUUUCCUCCAUCAUUGGGGCUUCCUUCAGGAUCAUGCAGCCAGGGUCUGUCAAGCCUGCCAAUCAUGGAGGAACCAGUGGCCUUUCUUGAGCCCCUCAAGACUCUCCACGAGACGCGGUCCGAGGUUGAGUUCGUACAAGCAUUCGUGGUGGAGAUUCCAGCCAAAUUGACUAGCAAAGCACUGAGCCUUGUCAAGCCCAUCAUUCCGAGCGGUGGCAAGCAUCCCUCCUUCAGUCACUUCCGACGAGUGUGCACGCUUUCUCACCUCCCAGAAGAUCUGACAUGGCGUCGUGACUACGACUCAAGAGGCUUGCAAACCUGUUUCCUCCUUGUUCCAAACACGGUAGUGCCGUGGGAGAAGAUUCGUGACCACUUCUUGCCACAUAUCGAAGAAGAAGGCCUCCCACGUUGCUUCGAUGCAGUGGUGCCACGCUACGGUCCGCUCAACGUCGAGCAAGCCUCCUUGUGGUCUGAACGAUACUGGCCGACGAUCUAUAAUCCUGCAGCGCAGGUUCUUCAGGAUGCCCCCCCGCUGCAGCACCUCAAGCGGAUCAGAACCCAGCUGGAAGUUCCAGCUGCUGACAAAUACUUGCAACUAGCCAUGAUGGCAGCGAUUGAAGCCCGCGAGAUGGGCCACGGACGCGCGGUGGGUGCUGUGGUUGUGGAUCCAGAAACUGGUGCUGUCAUUGCAGUCGCUGGCGAUGCUCGUUGGUACUCUCCUAACCCUGUUCCCAAACCCAAAAAAGGUCGUCGAGGCACACGUGGUGAAGGGCGCCCGGAAUACCAUGCUGUCAUGCGUGCCAUUGCGAUGGUGGCCAAUAAAGAAUUACGCAGACGCAUUGCAGCCGGUGGUCACAAGAAAUUCCUCACCACCUACCGCGAAACACCGUCUGGCCAGGCUCUCACCGCCAUUGAGGCUCGCUAUGAAGAUGAUGAAAAAAUUCUCGAAGAUCUUACCAGCAAAGUCGGCAACGUCAACAUUGGAGAGAGCCACGACACUGUGCUGCCAGAAAAGCAAUCGGGACCUCAAAAGGAGGGCUAUCUUUGUAGCGGACUGGACAUCUAUUUGACCCAUGAACCAUGCGUCUGCUGUGGGAUGGGCAUGAUUCACUCACGAUUCCGGGCAUGCGUUUUAGGUCGACAAAUGCCUGGCAGUGGUGGACUGUCCGCGGAAAGAGGUGGCGUUCAUUUGAGCUAUGGUCUGUUCUGGCGUCGUGAACUCAACUGGCGAGUUAUGACAUUCCGGCAUACCGAAGCGACAGCGUGGGAUGGUGAAGGUCGAACGGAUAAAGAAAUAUUCCAUGCUUAGGAAGUCGAUUAUUCGGAAUAUCGGACGACAGUAUCAUCAGGCGAACUCGGCUAUUGCGGACCAGUUGCCACCGUCCACUCUACGGAAUUCAACACCCUCACCAAAAUAUCCAGCAUCACUCCAUU